AGCGCCAACCCAGCAGGAUGCUGCAUGUGUCCUCCCGUGGGCAGGGGGGUCCCUCUGUGCCCCCUCCCACACCCCCUGCCCACCCUCUCGCUGCUGCAAUAAAACCCAUCUGCCCACAGCGCGCCUGUCUCUGCGGGGCCGGGGAGAGCGAGCCGGGAGCUGCCACCCCCAGGAGCUGGCAGAGGUUUGGGAUGGUGGUGGGGUCAGCAUGCACCACCUGUCCCCCCCGCUCACGCCUGGGAUGAUCCCAGGACAAAAGCGCGUGGCCCCCUGCCCACCACUGGCUCCACUGCCCCAGUGCGUGGGGUUAUUUAUGGCUCCCAGGGUAUGGAGGCGCAGCGGCCGCUCGGGGCCCUUCGUGGGCACUAUCCCUCCGGGCGCCCUGCCCAGGGAGCCGGGAGCUGCCGCUGGGGUCGGUCUCUGUCUCUGGAGUCCCUGGGUGCUGACCCCCUCAGCCCCCAAAACCCGUCCCUGGGUGGGAGCCGUGGGUCUCCACCGUGGGACGUCCCGAGCUGGCUUGUGGGGCUGGCAGGACCUUGUGGCCAGCGCGAGGAGGCUGCUAAUCCCCAGGCUGCGUAGGAAGUGCUGCCGCUCUCCCUGAGAAUUCCUCCCCGCCCCAAGGGAAUUUGCUCCUCCAGCUGCCAACAGCAUCUUCUGCCUUGCUGCCAAGCACCAGCGUGGCCAGAGCCGGGCUCGGGGCUCAGCAGGCUCCUGGGGGGCUCUUCCCUGGAUGCUGGGCUCAGCUCGCCCACUGCUCCCUGCUGAGCCAAACAAUUUGGGCCAGGGGCUGCUGCUAAGUCCCUGCUCUUAAAAUAGUGCCAGGCUGAGCUCACCGUUUUCCAUGCCGCCCCUGAGGAGGGGUAAAUGUCAGCCUGGGGGCCACCAAAACAUCCCAAGCUGCCAGCGGGGUGCAAACUGGGGGAGCUUCACCGCUGGUACCGCACGGACCCAGCUCAAUGCCCACCCAGCAUGUCCCGAGGGAGUGCAGGUGGGAGCGCAGUGUCCCCGCGACACCAGCCAGGGUGUCCCAUUGCACGGGGCGGGGGCAGGCAGCUGGGACAAUGUGGGACCCCCCACUCACAGACCUGCUGCUGCUUUUUAUAACCACCCCAGCUGUCCUUAGGAGCCCAAAUAAGGCUGCGGCUGCCCAGACCCCCCCAGGACAGACAAUGGGUCCCGAGCACAGACUUUUUGGGAAGGUGGGGAGGCGGUUCGGCCCAAGAAAGGCAAAGCCCCCGCACCAGUGGGCAGGGCAGAGUUGAUAAACCGGGCAGCGGGGCAGCAGGCAGCACUGCUGCCCUGCCUGCCCCUUGCCCUUCCUGCUGCCCGCCGCCCCACCGCCGGCACCCGUGUCCCACUGAGGAUGGAGGCCAUCAAGAAGAAGAUGCAGAUGCUGAAGCUGGACAAGGAGAAUGCCCUGGACCGGGCGGAGCAGGCGGAGGCCGAGCAGAAGCAGGCGGAAGAGCGGAGCAAGCAGCUGGAGGAUGAGCUCGCUGCCAUGCAGAAGAAGCUGAAGGGGACGGAGGACGAGCUGGACAAAUACUCUGAGGCCCUGAAAGAUGCCCAGGAGAAGCUGGAGCUGGCAGAGAAGAAGGCGGCGGACGUACGAAGCUCUGAGUCACGACUGCUGUCGGAGGAGCCGAGCUCCAGAGAAGGACGGAGCCCUCGUCUCCACAGGCAGGCGGAGACUGCGUGGGCAGCGUGA